AUUAAGGUUACUGUUCCCAGAGAUAUAAAAACCAUAAUUAAUUGAACAAGGUAAGAGGAAUUGGACAAAGAAGCUCAAGCACGGAUGAUUGAGGAGCUGUGUAUGUGGAAACUUUUUGUUGGUGAUGAUGUGUUUAGAGAACCAGACUGCUCAAAGCUUCUCUGUGUUAUGGUUGGAGAUGGUGUUCAAAUCAUAGGGAUGCCGGUAGUUACUACUGGUUUUUUAGCCCUUGGUUUCAUGUCGCCAGCUUCACGAGGGAUCGAUGCUGCUGAUAGGGAUGAUUUUACUGUAUCUUUUCCUAGGUAUUGUGGUAGGCUAUGUUGCAGUACGUUUCCCGAGAGCCAUAGAAGAAGCUCCAGAGGAAGAAGGGAAGCCACAGCACUGGUGCAAUUCCUUCUCCUUGUAUUUCAAAAUUAUUCAGAACACACCCCACGUGUGAUCGGAAGAAGAAGAAGAAGGUAUAGCAAAUUAAGAUGUUUUGAUCUUAUGGCUGUUUUUGGCAGUUUGUGUUGGUAA